UCCCACUCGGACCUGCCUCGCUAGAAACCCUAAGUUACAAAAAGAGCGAGCGGCGGCGGGUGGCGGCGGCGGCGACGGCGGUAGAACACACACAAAAAGAGCGAGCGGCGGCGGGCGGCGGAGUGUGGAAAGUCGAGGUGACGACGCCUCGUGAGAUGGCGACGGAAGGGGACUCCGGCAAGUCUACGGAGCGGCAGUCUGAAGCUCUUUCUCGGUCCCCUCAGAUCCAGAGUAAGGUUCCAGUUCGUCCUCCUCGUAACAUUAAGAAGGGCGAGCCCAUGGAUCGAGCCGUCUCUUCCCAGGAGCGCAGACUCUUGAGUGGUCUGAUCGCGAAACUGGAUACAGAGGAGGCAAAUCUGAGGGCGGAGAUUAAUAAUUUAAGGAUGAAGGUGGUGAAGGAGGGGGCUGAAACGACAAGUGGGGAGGGGUUUUCAUUGGUGCUUGGGAAACCUGCGUUAUGGAUCGCCCUCGACGGAUACAGACGUGAACAAUAUAGGCUCAAGUCUGCUAUGAAGCGAGGCAUAACGCCUGAUAUGGUGGCAAAAUAUCCUGAAUUAGGCAGCGUGGCGGCUAAAGUGAGGAAACAGCCCAAGGAUAUGGUUCUGGGGACGCAACAGCAGCCUAAGGAUAUGGCAAACAAGUCUGGCAUAUUGGAUGGUGGUGGUGAUGAUAGAGGCAAAUCUCCUGUCUUAGAGGAGCAGGUGCCAAUAGCCGACUGGAAAUUCAAACCAGAGAUGGAGGUGGAUUCAGUGACACAUACCAAUGAAUCACCGAGGGAUUUUUCCAUAGUACUAAAUACGGAUGAGUCGCCUAUGGAUUCUAUCAUGUUAAAUACAGAUGAGUCGCCGACACUAGAACCAGUUCUUUCUUGUGUCCCUGAUAUCCAGUCUAAGGAUAAGUCGUCCACACUCCAGCCAGUUCUUUGUUGCGGCCCUGAUAUCCAGUCUAAGGUUCAUGUCCUUCCUCUUCCUCCUCAUUGCAGGAAGCAGGAGGAUACAGUUCUCCCUCCUAAGCAUCUCUUACAACAGCAGAAGCAACCAUCUGUGCAUAACCACCAUGAGAUUUGUCCGCAAGGUACCAAUGACGAUGUGGCGACAACCUUGGGGGCCCAGUUCCAGAAUUUGGACUUGUCCGUAUCCAAAUUGGUGGAAUUGGACAGAGGCGAAUCCCUCUCGGAGGAACAGGUCAAAUUUCUGGAGACCCAGCAGCUGCCCAGGGAUAUGGCAAACAAGUUAGACAUAUUGGAUGGUGGUGGUGAUGAGACAGAGGUUAAGAUGGGCAGAGGCAAAUCUCUCAAAGAGAAACAAGUCAUGGUUCUGGAGACCCAGCAGCAGCCGACGGAUGUGGCAAACAAGUUAGACAAAUUGGAUGGUGGUGCUAAUGAGCCAGAGGUUGAGAUGGACAGACGCAAAUCCCUCUUGGGGGAACAGGUCAAGGAUAUGGCAAACAAGUCGCACAUAUCACUCUCGGAGGAAAGGGAAACCUGGAAGCAGCAGCAGUCUAUACUCUUUUCAAAGCUCGAAUCCUGUGUGCAGGUGCUCAAAGAGAUGAUGGAGGCAGGCAGAGGCGCGGUCAACUUCUACCCUGAGAUGCAGAUUGAAGAGUUGUCAGCAGUGUAUCACAGGACAAGUGAAGCAAUUCGUAACUUGCACUUUCUUUUAAAGAGUAUACCUAAUUGGGUGUGGGAUGAGGUGGAGGGGAAGCAAAUGGCCAAGGCAGGAAUGGAAGUCAGAGCGAAACCCUUCAUGGAGAAGCAGGUGAUUGGUCCAUUGCCUCGUGAGACGGAUAUGGAAGGGGGAUCUAGGAAGCAGCAACAGUCUCAACUUCUUCCCUGUGGCCUUCAGAUUCAGAGUAAUGAUCAGUCUCUUGGCAGUAAGAAGGGGAAACACGGGGGUCGUAAGAAGGGGAAACAUGGGGGGCAUAAGAAGGGGAAAUACAGGGUUUGUGCUGCUGCUCCAUCCAUGGAUUUCGAGAUGGAAGAGGAAUCCGGGUAGCAGCAGCAGCUGCUAAGAUUUCUUCCCCAUGGCUCUGACAUCCAGAGUAGUGAUCAGCACAUGAUCGACCUGAAGGUUGACAAGUAGAAGCAGAUGACUGAGGUUGAGAUCGACAAGCAGAAGCCGAUGACCGAGGUCAAGAUGGACAAGCAGAAGCAGACGACCAAGGUUGAGAUGGACAUACAGAAACAUAUGGCCGAGGUCGAGAUGGACGAUAUGGACAUAGGCAAAUAAGUCCAAGAAUUAACCAUGGAGAAGGAGGAGAUAGCCGCUGAGGAAGAGGAUUUCGCUUGCUACAGAAGGCCCUGGGAAUCUAGACGGGGACCUGAGGGGUGCGGUUUCUUCGAAGACACAACGCAAUUGAGCUCCAUGCAUUUCACACACUUGACACCUAAACCCAGCUUAGACGAUGCUAUCGUCGCGGAGACCUUGCAGAUCCUCUCCAUUAAACUAACAGAAAUUAAAGGUGGCUUCAAAUUGCCAUUGUCUGUGUAUGGUGUGGUUGCUGCUCGGGACAGUGUCGAUAACAAUCGCAACCUUCUCUUCGCGCACAGUAGGAUAGCGCCCCAAAGAAUCAGGCAACACAAUCUAUAUUUGCGCUUGAUUGGGCCGUCUCGUGCAAUUCUCUGCAGAGACCCUGUUCGCUUUGAAAUUCAGCUAAAAGUUGAACGUGGAGCAGUGUCUCGAGAUAGAGCAUUGAUCAGCGCAACUCGCGAUUUCUACGCUCGUCAUCCUGGUGUGCAUACCAUCUGCUUCGAGAACCGCUUCUGCAAAAUAGAGUUAUGCGUCGAGCGGCUUGUGGAGACGAUCCAGGCCACGAUCUGCAGUGUCCGUGUUGUUAAACAGGGGACACGGCAGCGUGUUGAAAGUCGAUGCCGAGUUUCUUGCUCGACAACAUCAUACAUACGCAAGAUCAUCGAUGGUAAACCUACUUAUGUUGCUAAUGCCGCAUCUGGUGAAGUCGUGCUGCUUGAUCGUUUUAAAAAAGCAAUGCCCAGUGGUUCAGAGGGCUACCUUGAUCUGUUGAGGCGUGUGGUCUCUGUAGAACAUGAAGGCAGCCUGAAAGUUGUCGUACAGACUUGCUCGUCAUCCGGUGAUAUCAUCGCAGAAGGACAUGUCUCCUUGGCAUCCAAAUAUUUUGGCUUCAGCCAGAAGAAAUUUAACGUUGAUGAUGCUGAGCUGGAGGUAACCGUUGCUUGGUCCCUCCUUGUUGUGGACAAGGAUGAUAUCUUGAGACCGGUGGCUGUUUGAAACCUCCGAGCACUGCUCACGCGUAGGCAAUGUAUUUAUCUGAAGAUCCCGGCUGGACAGGAUGCCGUGUGUCCAUUCGGCUUGUUGAAGUGUGCUAUCGGUUAGCUACAUAGUAUAUCUGAGAUGUCCAACUGUCGAUUUUGGGCAUCGACUAUAUAUAAUAUAACUUAUGUUGUGCGAGUUGACUCUGACUUUAAAGUUAAUGUUUUGUUGUGUGAUUGGUGUAGUAUAUAUAACUCAUGCUAUCAGACUAUUUUCUAGUAUUAUCGACUGUAACUUUACAGUCAUGUUGCCAACUGUA